GCUCCGAGGAAGAAAGAACGCCCCGAGAAGAACCGAACAAGAACAUGGGCAACGAAUCCAUCAUGAUGAAGGACAAGCUCGGGUUCAGUGGCGUCCUCGGACAGUCCCUCAUGAUCGCAGCCAGGAAUCCCAAGUUCUAAAUCUUCACCCUCCUCGCCUCCUUCCCUCUCUUCCUCUCCCUCCUGCUCUUCAAGUUCUUCUUCCACGAAGUCUUAUUCAGUUCAGCCACCUGUGAUGAUUGGGGAAACGUCCGCUUCUGCAUCAGAGGCUUCUGCCGUAUUUAUGCGCCUCCUUGGAGUCCCAUUCGGAUUGACAAUUUAUUCUAAAACACUUUCGACAAUUUGCCUCACUGGGUUUCAUGCACUUGAUCCUCGUACAUCCGCUGGACCUCCUGAACAAGAUCUUACUCGUCCGCCAUUCAUUGGCAAUUUAUGAAGGGGAUACCCUUCAGAGCUUCAGGGGAUUCUUUCUCGGACCCGGGAAAGAUUUCGGGUUCAUAGGUCCUCUGAUUACUUCUGUGUAUGUUAUCUUGCUAUCUGCACUCGUUAGCCUCGGGUUAAUCACGGUCGGGAUGAACUCCUACCAAUCGAUCCCAGGUCGUACGAUGCUGUACCUCUGAAGGUGCUGUUUUCGCUGCUGUUCGGGGGACUUUUCCUAGCUUUACUGAUCAAGCACGUCGAGUGGAAAUGAGAUCGAUAUGGAAUGUCGGGAUGGUGAUCUCUGUCCUCAAUGAGAAACAUGGGGACAUUGCGAUCGGGAUGGCGGCAUACCUCAGCUGAGGGAGACGGAGACGCGCCCGUGUUCUUCCUGUGGCAGCUGUGCUUGAGGUCAUUCUGCCUCUUCUUAGUGUGGGGCCGGGAGUGGGGCGGUGCCAGAGUGGGCGCCGCGGUACCUCAAUUGCUCGGUGUAUGUUUGAGAAAUCUGAUAAAGUGGGUCGUGUUCAUGGUCUACUACUGUGACUGCAAGAAGAGGUUUCUAUAGUAAAAGAAUGACGUCGAGCACGGGAAAUUGGAUGUACACAAAUAAAUCAUUUGUUUUGGUGGUCAGAGCCAGCUGCAGUCUGCAGAUGAAUCCGGUGUGCGAUGUUUUCUCUGAGUCAAUUUAUAUGCGCCGAUCCAACCGAAUCGUGCAAAUACAAUUGCAAGUUAUUUCUUCUGAUUCCUAUAAGAAGUUUCUGUUCUUCGAAACAGAAUUGGGAUCAAAUGCAUUGAGAAGAAAGCCUUCAUAUCUGCAAUUCACAGAAGACCCGGCAAUCGGAGCUUUUCUCCUUGCAGUGAUGACUAUGCGAAGAAUCGUAUCACUCACUUCCCGUUGUUCUUCCUCAGCUUACCGGUUGUGUCGCUUUGGCGGAUUUCCGAGCUGGGGGAGAGGCAUCGGCAGCAGAUUUAGUACCUCUGCAGCAGUAGAGGAACCUAUCAGCCCGAGUGUCAACAUCGAAAACACUCAGCUUCUGAUAGAUGGAGCGUUUGUUGAUGCUGCCUCAGGAAAAACUUUUUCCACCAUCGAUCCAAGGACAGGAGAAAUAAUAGCUCAUGUGGCUGAAGGCAAUCAAGAGGAUGUUAAUCGUGCAGUUCUGGCCGCUCGCAGGGCUUUCGAUAACGGGCCCUGGCCGAAGAUGAUCCCUUAUGAAAGGUCAUGUGUACUGUUGCGAUUCGCAGACCUGCUCGAAAAGCAUCGACCUGAGCUAGCAUCAAUAGAGACUUGGGAUAGUGGGAAGCCUUACAAGCAGGCUGCAGAUAUCGAAAUCCCAAUGGUGAUACGGUUAAUGAGAUACUAUGCUGGUUGGGCGGAUAAGAUUCAUGGCCUUACAGUUCCUUCAGACGGGCAGUACCAUGCGCAGACGCUGCACGAACCCAUUGGAGUCGCAGGGCAGAUCAUCCCAUGGAACUUCCCUCUUCUCAUAUUUGCUUGGAAGAUUGGGCCCGCCUUGGCAUGUGGAAACACUGUCGUGCUGAAGACCGCAGAGCAGACCCCACUAUCAGCACUCUAUGCAGCAAGGCUGCUUCACGAGGCUGGACUCCCCCCGGGUGUCCUAAAUGUGAUCUCGGGUUUUGGUCCGACCGUUGGUGCAGCUCUUUGUAGCCACAUGGACAUAGACAAGCUUGCCUUUACAGGAUCGACAGAGACCGGUAAGAAUGUCCUAGGAUUGGCAGCAAAGAGCAACCUCAAACCUGUUACUUUAGAACUUGGAGGAAAAUCCCCUUUCAUUAUCUGCGGGGAUGCCGAUAUUGAUAAAGCUGUUGAGGUGGCGCAUUUGGCCGUGUUCUUCAACCAGGGCCAGUGCUGCUGUGCUGGGUCUAGGACAUUCGUACACGAGAGUGUGUAUGAUGAAUUCGUAGAGAAAGCAAAGGCACGUGCCAUGAAACGAGUCAUCGGAGACCCUUUCAGGCAAGAUGUUGAGCAAGGUCCUCAGAUCGAUUCGAAGCAGUUCGAAAAGAUUAUGACCUACAUUAGAUCGGGUAUCGAGAGCGGAGCUAAGCUCGAAUCAGGAGGUGAACAGUUGGGCUCCAAAGGAUUCUAUGUCCAACCGACAGUAUUCUCAGACGUACAGGAUGACAUGUUGAUAGCAAAGGACGAGAUCUUCGGACCAGUGCAAAGUAUCCUGAAAUACAAGGAUCUGAACGAGGUGAUUGAGAGGGCCAACAAGAGCCACUAUGGAUUGGCAGCAGGAGUUUUCACUCAGAGCAUCGACACUGCCAACACCUUGACCCGAGCUCUUCGGGUUGGGAGUGUCUGGGUUAAUUGCUAUGCUGUAUUCGAUGCUGCGAUUCCCUUUGGAGGGUACAAGAUGAGCGGACAUGGGAGGGAGAGGGGGAUCUACAGCCUUAGAAACUACUUGCAAGUAAAGGCUGUGGUCCAGCCCCUGAAGGAUCCUGCCUGGCUAUGAAUGAGAUUUUUCUUAAGGCUCCGUGCAAGAUUGUUAUUUAUCUGAUAGGUCGGCGUGGCGGACUAGAUUGUAGACAACAUUUCGACGAUGGGAUCAUUAGAGGCAGAGGACCAGAGGAACCAUUGAUGGUCAGGACUUAGUCACUGUCUAACAGUGCACUUGGACCCUCAGAAUUAGAAUUUAGACGGUCAGGAAUCAACAUGCCCCUUGAUCUCGACAAAGAACUUCCUGUUCUACGGAACUGCGAAAGCAGAUAUGUUUACUCCUUCAUUGAUACUGCAGACUUUCGUCUUAUCUUUCACUUCGGAUUGUAUCACGAGUCUAUAUAUGCUCUUAUGAAUGACCAGUCCUGCCAUUAUUCUGUUCAUUGACA